GCAAUCUCGAUAAUUGCGUCUUUUCAACGCCCCGCCCAUUAUUCACGUCUCCUAUCUCUCCUUUCCCUCCAUUCCAAUUUUCGUCUUUCCACUCAAUCGGCGUCCUUUGAAGCGGCAGAGUAAGCAAUUCCUCGUCAGUGAAAUGAGUUCUGUGAAGCGACUAGGGCAAGCGGCAACAGAGUCAUCCGAAGCGAGACGUUUAGCAAAAGGGAAAGCAGUAGACGAUGGUGAGUCGAGUGGGAAGCAGACUAGACUAUCUGGAAAGCCUUCAACAUUUGUUGUUGGCGUCCCUGUACAAGCCAAGAGACCUCAGUUGAGGAUCAAGAGAACUACUCAUUUUUUUUCCAGCACAUCCUGAAGUCUCUGAACAAAAGGCAGAAAACUGCUGUCAGGCCUUAUACGUCGAUCGAGUAGUGCAUCGUAGCAGAUGUGUGCCACGUGCCAUUCCUAGGAUAAAGGACUGGACGGCCAAACUGUUGAAGGAGAGAGAUGAAGAGGAAAUGAAAGAAGAUGAUUUCGGUCUUGGACGAGUGACUUCACAAUUGGAUGGGAAUGAAUUAGGUGGUGCGGAAAUGACAAUAGGAGUGGUGCAUCCACCGGCUACUAAAGAUGUUGUUGAAGAGAGAUAUGCUUCGGAUUAAUUGGUGUAUAUGAGGGGUGUUUGGGGGCAACCAAACACAUAGGUGACGGUUUCAAGAUGCUGGCAAAGGAAUUGAACCAAGCUCCUCCAGAAAUCAGGAAUAAGGAUAUCUUUAGAAUAACGUGUGACACUCUCAGGAGGGCGUUUAGACUGGAUGAAAAAGACUUUGACCCCUGUGGAGUCAAUGACACAGUCGCAGUUUGCCCACUAUAGUACAACGGAAGACUGGUCAGAGUCCUUGAAAUCUUUGUUGGACGCGGCUGAUGAAAUGGAUAUAAUAGAAAACAAAGACGAAUACCCAAGCUUCAGCCUUGGGUUUGAUUCCAGCCAGGAUGAUGAGGCUUGUCACCGUGAUUCAGAACGUCAACAGGAGACAGACAAUACAACCAAUGUUGUAGAGAGUGAUGUGUCGGAGUACGAGCUAAGGGAGCCAGCCGACCUUUUUUUAGUGGGGAUAAAGUUGUAUCCCAGGACGGGGACAAAGAGAACGCUGCUGAUUUGGGAGGUGACAGUCUGGAUUUUAGUACUGGUAGUGACAUUGGAAAAGAGGUGGGAGUCAAAGAGCCCGUGGCUAUUGCGCAAGUAGGAACAGUUGUGAAUGAGGAGAAUGCACUUAACGUGGCUAGUGCUAUUGCACGUGAUAUUGUGUCGGAGUAGACGUAGCCGUUUGCUCUGCCGUGGAAGCAGUCAUUGAACUAGGUGAUGCUGCUUUCGAAACACAAAUAGUUACGGGGGGCGUUGAUGCGGGUAAAUUACCUGUACGUCGAGAUGCAGAGAUGAAUCGUGAAGAGAGCACGUAUGCUGAAAUACAACCUGCUCCAGCAAGGAAACUCAGACUGUCUACAGGGAGAAGAGAGGGUUCAACAUCAACGCGUAUUAGCCCAACAUGAACUAGAGAAGUGAGGGAUUGUGACCAAUUCCUUCUUGCAACACCCUACAUGUGGACGUAAGCAAAAAAUUGUAAUUUUUUGUUGGUUUAACCAAAGUGAGCGACUUGAAUAACUUAUGGUUGAAAUCUAAGGAUCGUGUUAUUUACUCCGAUGAUGUGGUGGAAGUUACUAAACUGAAAUUCAGCUCGUUGAAUCCACAUGAGGCUGUUGACGCUGAAGUUAUCGAUGUUUGAGCUUCUUAUCUGAAUGGCAUGGAGGUGCAUCAAUCAACACAGAAGCCCAACAGAUUGUUUGUCACAACGGCUGCGACAUCAGACAAUGUGGUUGAACGGAGAGCUAGUUGGGAAAAAUCUGAAGUUGCAUCAACAUUCUGUGAUGAGAUAGAUGGUCAAUUCAACGACACUGGAACUUUUGACAUCACACAAUAUGAUUUGAGGCAUUACUAUUUGGUGUGCUUUUCAUUGAAGACUGGGGUUGCGGAUGUGCUAGACCAUGUUGUGUCCGAGAACAGUAUUCCAGAUCGGGCCAAAUAUGGGAGAGAUUUGGAUCUACUAAGGGAUUAUCUCGGUUUUUAUCUCAAGUCAAAGGGAUUCGACAAACUGUCUGAUUUCAUAAUCAAGGAGCGUAGUACGCGCUUGCUGGACUUGCCAUGGAAGACAACCCAGGCCACUAAUGACUCAGGGGUAUUCAUGAUGAGACACAUGGAGACUUACAUGGGUAACCCUGCCAAUUUAAUGACAAUGGGUCUUCAAGGAGUUAGUGUGAGGCUUCUGCAGAUUCUGAGGGGGAGAUAUUGCAAGGCCAUGCUCCUUGCACCGUUCAACGAUUGCAGAGAAAGGUUCUCGUCCUACAUUAGUCAUUGCAUCAACGUGACUCCUAACUUCAGAACAGAUUAUGCGAGGCAAGUGAAUGGAAUGUUGAACAUGGCGCCCCGCAACGAGCAACACAAUCAGCCGACAAGGAAAAAAAGCAAGUUGAAUUGAGUAGAGUUGAAAUUGACUAGUUGUUUUUUAAAUGUUAAUGGUAGAUGUUUGGAUAUUGGUAUUUACUUUUAGAUGCUAAUGGUAGUUUUGGAAUAUUGGUAUUUCCUUUUUUUGCUUGUGAAUAUGUCUUUUUUGUUAAGAGAAACAUCAACAUUAGAAAUUUCUUUCAAUUAAUGAAACAUAUUAUUGAUA